AUGAGCUCGUGGCUGGGAACAGGUUUUGGUAAUGAAGAAUUGAGGCGAUCGGCGAUGACCCCUUCGGACCAGGGACAGGAGGUCAAGAGGCGAGUCGGGCCAGCGACAGCCAAGAUGGGUGCUUCACUCACCAAGCACGAGGAUAUCGCGAUGUCGGAAUAUGGUUUCACGUCGCAAGAGACGAUAGUUCAGAAGGCUUCAGGGCCGUGA